GCACGUUUAAUUUGUUUGUGAAAUUUCGUGAAUGAUUGCGCUAGCUCCCAGUUCACCCCUCCCUAUGUUUAUUUGCAUAUAUGCUUUAUAAAUAGGCUCGCCACCACUUUCGAGUUUGCCCACCACCACCCCUUUUCUUUCUUUCGAUCACUCUCUUCAUCUUUUUAAGCAAAAUACUAAAAUUUUCUGCGAGUUGCAAAAUACUGAACCCAAAAGUUGAAUAAUUUGUAAUAAAAUUAUUAAGGGCCGGUUUCCUAUUCCUAUCUAAUCAUCAUCAUCAUCAUCCUCAUCAUGGACAUGGACGCGUUAGCCGCUAACUUCCUAGCCGGAGGUCCGGCAGCCUUCAUCCGGCGCUCCGAUUUCGGCAAAGAUUUUGUCUUUGGUUCUGCUACAGCUGCUUUCCAGGUUCAUUUUCGCAAUGAAGAUUUCUCUGUUUGUUUGUUUGUUAGUCCUUGUAUGAUAUUAUUCUAUUUGUUUGUUUGUUAACUUCAUCUGUAUGAACUACAUUCAUUAGUCAUUACAGCAUUGCUGAUUUCUUCUAUAUUCAUGGAGCCAUGCAAAUUUACUUGAUGGACUUCGUUGACUUUUUUUUCCCCCCCCAGAUUGAAGGUGCUCCAGACAAAGAUGGAAGGGGAGAUUCCAUAUGGGAUGUAUUUGCUAAAGAAAACAGUCAGUCUUCCUCUUUCUCUCUCUCUCUCACUCACACACUCACACACUGAGAAAAACACGAAAAUGUUAUUAUUCUAUUCAAAUAAGUGAGGUACUUUUAAUUGUAUACAUAAAAAAAAAGUGGAGUGUUUUUCAAAAAAAAAAAAAGAAAAAGAAAGAAAAGUGGAGUGUAGAGAAACUGUGGAAUUUUAUGGAACCAUCACAUCACUUAAAAGACUACACGUAAGUACCAAUGUCCAAUUGUACAAGUGUCCGACAUUUACAUUUGGAUUAGUCUCUUCUUUUUGGUCCUAACUAAAAAAAUCAUCAAUUAUUAUGUCAAAAUGAAUCAAACACUACGCCAAAUAGUUAGUAAUUCAUUCUUUGAACAGUUGAAAUGGAAUUAGAUUGUUCACGGAAUUUUAUCGCAAACUUGCAGACUUAUUUCACCCCUAUCAUGAGGAUGCUGUCAAUCAUUAUGAGAAAUUUGAGGAAGAUGUAAAACUAAUGAAGGAGAUCGGGUUUGAUGCUUACAGAUUCUCAAUUUCCUGGCCUAGAAUUUUGCCAACUGGAAAAAUAGAGUCUCGCAAUCAACAAGGGAUUAACUAUUACAAGAGACUUCUGACCAAACUCAAAGAAAAUGGUAUCGUUCCUUAUGUGACACUUUUUCACUGGGAUCUUCCUCAAAAUUUGCAAGAUGAAUACAAUGGCUUCCUUGAUCGUAGAAUAGCGGAGGAUUUUGGUGUUUAUGCGGAUGUGUGUUUCCAAGAGUUUGGUGAAUAUGUUGAUCAUUGGAUAACAAUGAAUGAACCGUUUACUUUUGCCUAUUCGGCCCAUGUGGACAAAGUUCAUGCUCCCGGUUUAGGAACAGUAAAAGACCAUCUCUUUGGAACCGGAACCACCGAUACAGCAAAAUCAACAAAAACGGAAGAAUCUAGUAAUGCUGUUGAUAAUGGGGUUGAUGCUGGUGCUGACGAGGAUGACGACGAUGAUGACGGAGGUUCCAUCUUCCAUCCUUCUCGGUCAACGGUUCACCCGAAAUCAACCCGAAACAAAGUGAUGGUUUUCAAAGCGACCGGUUCAUCUUGGGCAUCGGAAGCUGAAUAUAUCGAUGAAUUUGCGUACCCAUACAUUGUCACACAUAACCAGCUUCUCGCACAUGCUAAGGCCGUGGAAAUAUUCAAACAGAAAUAUCAGGAUCCUGCUAAGAAGAAAAAAAUUGGAAUUACACUUGUAUCAAUGUGGUUUGAGCCUCGCAAUCCUGAUGAUGAGAAAGACAAAGCAGCUGCAUUAAGAGCCCUUGAUUUCUUCAUUGGAUGGUACCUUGCACCCUUGGUUCAUGGUGAUUAUCCUCAAAGCAUGAGAGAAUAUGUGAAUCCUGAUCAUCUCCCUAAAAUGGAUGAUGCCGACCGGAAAGCCAUUCAAGGAAGCUAUGAUUUUAUCGGUGUAAACUAUUACACUGCUCGAUAUGUAGCUCAUUCUGAACCAAAGGAGAAACACAAAAAGAUUGGGAGAAAUUACGUAACAGAUCAAAAACUCAAGUACUAUGAAUCACGCAUAGAGAACGGAGUUGAGGUUCCAAUUGGUAAAGAUAGGGGUGCUUCCGAGUGGCUCAUUUCAUAUCCGAAAGGAAUAUUGGGACUUUUGCUUUACAUCAAGGAGAAUUACAAUGAUCCACUGAUCUACAUUACUGAAAAUGGUAUUGAUGAUCAUGAUGAUGAUUCAGCAAGGCUUUGGACCUCAUUCUUUGACAGGAAAAGGGUGGCACAUAUCCACGAUCACCUAAUAUAUCUCUUGGAAGCAAAACGCCAAGGGGUCAACGUGAAGGGAUACUUUGUUUGGUCACUCUUAGAUAAUUUCGAAUGGAAUAAUGGUUUCCAUGCUCGAUUUGGGCUCGUCUACAUUGACUACAACAACGGAGCAAAAAGGCAUCCUAAGCUUUCAGCGGCGUGGCUGAAGCGAUUCCUAGCCGAAAAUGGCGUCUCGCCUGCGCCGGGAUCUUCCGGCAACAGCGGUAUUCCAGUUGACAGUGGUGUUGGCGCCAACAACAAUAAUAAUCAAACUUCAGCCCAAACAAAUUCACCUGGAAAUUGCUUCUCUCCAAUUUUCGUCACCUUUAACGGCAUAAAGGAUGUGUUUGCUCAUUUUUUCUUGAACCUCUUUUGAUUAGGUUUUUUUGUGCAAUAGUGGUUGGAGUAGUGGUGCUUCUGGUAUAAAGUGGUUUAUAAUAUGUGGGAAAUUAAGGUGAUCUGGUGGGAUUUCAUCAAGAAGAUUUUGUGAGUGUUUUUGUUAGUUUACUAUGUUCAUUUUUCCUUGCUUGGAAUUGAAACAAUAAAGUUUAUAUAUUUAAUUUGUAAAGUUAACUUUCUUGCGUGAUCUUUUAUGGAAUCAUUUUGGUAAUGGUUUUGGUUCCAUCUGGGAUUUUCCUGAUAGUUCCAUUGUGCCUUUGAUUAUCAUCCAUCAAAAGAAGAAAAAGGUCCUUUCCUUGGUGGCAACAACAUUAAUCAUGAGUACUCUUUGGUGAAAUUAUUUCAUUUUUUC